CGAGGUUGUGACUUUGAAGAGGAAGGCAUAGCCAUAGACACUGUCAAAAGAGUCCCUUUCCUCACCGUAGCAUCUCCAGGAGGAGGUUACUGUGUGAGCUUGAAGAUAAGACAUUUGAUACGUCCACAUCUGCACACAGUGACCAUAAUACCUGCGCCGCCUGGACAUCAUGAUGGACGAGGAGAUCAUUGAGGACCGGGCCAAGCUGAAGCAGGGCCUGGUGAAAGUGCUCCAGUGUGUGGCCACCAUCUCCUCAGCAGCAGCUGUGGUCAACCCCAUUUUUGGCGUGGCCGGUUCCCUGAUCCGGGUGGUGCUGCACCAGAUUGAUGACGAGGACAUCCGCACCCUGAAGCGCGAGUUCGGCUCGGUCAACCGGGCGCUGGACGAGCUCUCUCAGCUGAAUCGCAACACGCUGGUACAGAUCAAGAAAGAAACGCUGGAUGGGCAGUACUGUCGCGUGGAGGAGAACCUGAAGAACCAGUUCAGAAAGUUCAUGGAGAUGGUAGAGGCACGGCCGGAGCACCGCGAGCGUAAGAAGGACGACUUCGAGGAGAGCUAUUCCAAUGACUUGGGAGACCAGAAUCUGCACACACUCUAUGAUGGCGUGGUGGGUAAACCCAAGCUCUUCAGCAGACCCAUCCUGGAGGUGUACCUGAAGCACUCGCAAGGCGACCGCCGCACCAUGGAGCGACUCUGCACACGCCUCACCUACCUGUUCUGCAUCGGCCUCAUCGCACUCAUGGGCUACGCCGCCGUCAUCGGAGAUGACGAGGAGGGUCUGAGCGAGGAGUGGGCCGAGAAGAUGGAGCAUGUGCAAGAGAAGAUGCAGGAGGCUCUUUCCAGGUGCAAAUGAAGAAGCAGAAGCCUGAAGAAGAGCUUUUUUUCUCCACUGCUGCUUUUCUCUUAAAGUCAGGACACACAUGUCCACAUUCCCUCUGUAACUCCUUUCCUCUUUCCCUUAGCUUCUUUUCUCCUUAUAAGCACUUUGUGAACAUCUACAGUCACUGCAUGAAAGCCCAGUGAUAAUGAGUAACAAUAUGGCUCAUUCUUUUCAAUUCAAUUCUCCAUUUGUCCAAACUUCGGUCACAGAGUCACAGGCAUGUUAUGUUCUGUCCAAGAUGAGGUAAAAGACAACUCAAUAAGGUCUAUCAGUAUUUUGUAUUGGCUUCACAACCCAAUUGGCUCAAAUUCACAGAUUAAUUUGUUCAAUUACGUGAUGAAUCUGGAUAAGACUGCAGUGGUUUCAAAUGAGACUGAGCACUUUGAGAUAAAUCAGCUAUGGGAGCAUUACAAUUAAUCACAAAUAUACUUUGAAAGCUACAUUUUGAGCAAUGUAAGGACAUUACAUGCUAUAAGUCAUCUGGGUUUAACAUAAAUGUACCCAACUUCAGUUUGUGAUAUUGCAAUGAAUUGUGCCCAUUUUGCACUUUUGGAAAAAAUUCGCCACUUAUUGUAGUUACAAUACAAGUAAAUCAGUUGGUUGGAACGAGCAACUGGCCUGUGUAAAACCUCAACAUGCAAUUUUAUGCCAUUGAUGUAAUAACUGCUAUGAGACAGACUUUGUUUGCCAACAGAGGGAGUUAUCAGUUGAGCUAUAACUAUAAUCUAUGAUAUAAAAAAGCAAACCAAAACAAGAACCAAACAUCCUAAAGUUUCUAGAGCUAUGAAUGUAACUACAGACAUACAAUAAGCAUUAUCAUACUGCAAUGUGCAAAUUAACAAAAACAAAUGCCGCAUACAGUAUAUUAUAUGUUGCUCAUGCAUGGGCUUCAUGAUACACUAUGCAUACUUGUUGCUGUCGAGCACUAAAUGUAAUUUGACACUAAUUUCAGGUGCUGCUGUACCAAGUUCUUUAUUUUUGAACAUUUGCAGUUAAUUGAAAACACUUAACAGCACACAUACAAUUUGUUGUAACACUACAUCUGGCAAAAACUCUUCACCACAGAAGGUUACACUAAAUAUAACUUGCCAUUUAUGAGGUCAAAUUAAACAAAUUGCGAUGUGUGCUUCCAUUUUCACUCGCCAGAAUUGUUUUAAGUUUAUACACAACUGAAGAAUUUGACUUGUGCAACUCUGCCACUCUUUUUUAUUUUCUAUUAUAUGUGCAGGAGGAGCACCAAGUAUGGUUGUAAUAUAAAGGUAACAUUACCAAUGGGUUUCUUUGGUGUACAGCCAUUUAGAGCCUAUAAAAACAUUUAAUAUCCAUUAUUUGAGGGUUGCUUUUUUACACUUGGGCAUCAGCAUCAAGGUUUUUUAGUUCUAAUAUACUCCCUCAUCUGACCAACAGUGCCUAAAUGUGCCAAUAGUUUGUAUUAUGUUUUUUUGAGGGUUUUUGUCUUAAUCAUUAAGGUAUUUUAUUGUUUAAGGCAUUAUGUUUGAAUGGUCUACAUGCUGCAGUUCAGAUUUGAAACUUAAUGUUUUUAAAGGUGUCUUUUUUUGUGCUUGUUUUAGCAAACUUGUGGUAUCAGUUAGUAUGUGGGUUUGGAUUGCUGCAUCAGGACCGUUCAGAGACAGCAGAGUAGUAGUAGACAAAACAUGGAUCACAAAACAUUUUACACAGUUCUAGCCCAUUUUACUCUCAUGCUUUCAGCACAUAACUCUGUCCUAAACUGGUUUAUAGUUCUGUGGCAUUGUGCCAUAUCUCUUAUUGUUACAACAGAUUCAGAAUACGCUACAUAAAUAUAGUCAAAAUGCUGUCAAUAUGGAGGAAUAUUAUAUAAACCUCAUAAGGCUUUUAAAAAAAUGCCAUAUAUGUGAAUAUGUUGCCUUUUUGUUAUGAAUCGUUGAUGCCUAGUUGUAUAUGUACCACUAUAAAUAAACAUGAGUGAAUAAAUACGGA